UUUAAAUCCGUCGGUCCUGUUGCCGCGAUGGUGCUGUGUUGCCGAAGAACUAAACCAGCCUUGGAUGAUGAAGAGGCUCGGAAAUACACGAAGCAGUUCGCGGAAACGAAAAAAAUUUUGCUUUUGGGGACCGGCGAGUCGGGAAAGACGACGAUAAUAAAGCAAAUGAAAAUCCUGCACAUAAACGGUUUCUCCGAGGAGGAGAGGAAAGCGAAAAUUCCGAACAUCAAACAAAAUAUUCACGAGUCAAUUUACGACAUUGUGAAUCACAUGAACAAAAUUUCUCCCCCAGUCGAUACGGCGGAAGUAAUUUCGAAAAAAUCAAUCGAGUUUAUUUUGGCCAUCGGCCCGAACGAACCCUCCGAAUACACGCAGGAAUAUUUUGAUCACGUCCGAGUCGCCUGGGCUGACCGGGGAGUCAAAGAGACCUUUCGAAGGUCCAACGAGUAUCAGCUGAUAGACAGUGCAGAGCAUUUUCUCGAUCGGGUGGACGAAAUCUGUCAGCCCUCGUACGUCCCGACCACGCAGGACAUCCUUUUCUGUCGGGUGAUGACGAUGAACAUAUCGAAAAUCGAAUUCGAGGUGCCCAUAUCGAAAUUCCAGGGCGGGAACGCCAAAUUUUGGAUGUACGACGUCGGUGGUCAGAGGGGCCAUCGAAAACGGUGGAUCCAAGCGUUCGACGGGAUCCAGGCGAUACUUUUUUUGAUGGCCGCCAGCGAUUUCGAUCAAAAUUUGAGAGAGUGCGAGAGCAAGAACAGGCUCAAGGAAUCCUUCGACUUGUUCAAAGACGUCUACCAGAAUAGAUUCGUGAGGGACGCCGGCCUAAUCGUGUUUCUCAACAAGCAGGAUCUAUUGAAAAGAAAAAUUAUCGAGCAAAAUAGGAAACUCGAAAAGUAUUUUCCGGAAUUCGCUGGUUAUGUUCCCGACAAAAAAGACGGUUGGGACGAAAGGGACGAGUAUGACAAGGCUCGGUUCUUCAUGAAAGACAAAAUUAUGGCCAUCGCUUCGACGCCGGUCAAUAUCGAAAGCGUGGGAUUCGUCCCAGGAUACAAUAUAAACGAAGACCUGCCCCCUAGAGAAGUGUAUCUACAUUACACAAUCGCCACCGACACAAACAACAUAAAAAAAGUUUUCGAAAGCGUGCAGGAAAUGUUGUUGAAAAAUAUUUUAGAAAAAGCCUUCAGUUUGUGAUUUUAUAUUUAGAUUAGGUUAAAAAAUAAAAAAUAAUAAAAACACCUCCACUAGCAAAAACGAAACAGGUUAACAUCAAUUAACCUAGCAAAAAAUUCCUUGAACUACUUUUUUAAUUUAAUCGAUCAAUUCGGUAAUAGCCUGGCCGAUUAAUCCUGGUACAUUUGGCCAAUCGAAGUAAACAAAAAUAGCAAUUUGGAAGGAAUUAAAUGUUAUUACUGAUUUAUUAGUCGUGACAGUAACAGUACAAAUAUCUUCAGAAAUAAAAAAUAUAACGUAAUCCUGUAGUUUACGCAUUUGACAGAUGUCAUAGAUACCAAAAUUGUUAUUUCUUUAUAGCACUUUUCGGCCCUUGUUGCCAUUUAUUCAAUUCACUUCAGUUUUAACAUCUAAAAAUCUAUGAUACUGCUGGAGUAUGGAUUAUUCCCAAAACUU